AUGCACAGCAGUUUAGUGUCAGUGUUGACCACGCUUGCAGUGAAACAUUCAAAAGGGACAAAGUAUUUAAAGGGAGACGCGACAGAACUUCACGGCCUGCUUGACUACCUGCGAUGUCAUGAUAAAAGACUUACAAGCCCAGAAUUCACAGAUGAAACUAAUGGGAAAACGGCACUACUGAAGGCUUUGCUGAACCUGAAAGGUGGAAAUAACAACACAAUUGAAGUUAUCCUUGACAUAGCAGAGAAAACUGGAGAUUUAGAAAAUUUGAUCAAUGCAUCGUAUACAGAUCCUUACUACAAAGGUCAGACAGCCUUGCAUGUUGCCAUUGAGAGGCGGAGCUUUGAGCAUGUGAAGCUGCUAGUCCAGAAAGGAGCUGAUGUGCAAGCCAAAGCAAAUGGAAAGUUUUUCCAGCGUCAUGCUGAAAUGGGCUUUUAUUCUGGGGAGCUCCCUCUGUCAUUGGCUGCCUGCACCAACCAGCCUGAUAUUGUGUCCUUUCUCAUGGAAAACCCUUACAGAAGAGCUGACGUGACUGACAGAGACUCACAAGGAAACACUGUUUUGCACACCUUGGUGGUCAUAGCAGACAACACGAAAGAAAACACAGAUAUGAUUGCAAAGAUGUAUGAUGAAAUACUUGUUCAACAGAACAAGCUUGACAAAAAAGUCCAGUUUGUAGAGAUUGAAAAUAAUGAUGGCAUGACUCCUCUAAAACUGGCAGCAAAGCUCGGUAAGAUAGAGCUGUUUAGGCACAUGCUGCAUCGAGAAUUCAUGGAUGAGGAGACAAGGCCACUAUCCAGGAGGUUUACAGAAUGGGUCUACGGACCUGUUCAUUCUUCACUUUAUGACAUGACCUCCAUUGACACCAAUGAAGAAAACUCUGUGUUAGAGAUAAUAAUUUUUGGGAGUGAGAUUCCGAAUCGUCCCGAGAUGCUUCAGAUUGAACCACUUCGCAGUCUUCUUCAGAAUAAGUGGGAAAGGUUCGCUUCCAAAUUAUUCUUGAUGAAUUUCUUGCUUUAUGUGGUUUACCUGACUAUCUUCACUGCUGUGGCCUUGCACAGAAAGGAUGGAAAGGCAGCACUCCUGAUCUGUGUGAUUAUGUAUGGCUGUGGGCAGGAGGAAUACGUUGGACUUCUUGUGCUCUCCUUGCUUCUUGCCUGGGUGAACUUUCUUUACUACCUAAGAGGUUCCAAGCAAUUAGGGAUGUAUGGUGUCAUGAUGCAAAGGUUUAAAAUAUGUGUCUCUCUUUACAUGAUCUUACGUGACCUGUUGCACUUUUUAUCCGUUUACUGUGUCUUGCUUUUUGGAUUUUCUGCUGCUUUUGUUGCUCUUAUACGUGACCCGCCUACAGUAGUGUCAGCUGCCCAAAACCUGACAGCUGACAUACAGCUACAAGGAAGGAGCUUGACUGCUUCUGUAAAUAAGCUAGGUUAUAGAGACGUUCGUUUUACUAUACUGGAAAUGUUCAAGUUCACUAUUGGAAUGGGAGAUCUGCAGUUCACGGACGACGUUCAGUACAAAGAAGUUUACCACAUCCUGCUCAUCUCUUACAUAGUUCUCACAUACAUCCUCCUGCUGAACAUGCUGAUAGCCCUGAUGAGCAACACAGUUGAAAGACUCUCAAACCAAAGCAAAAACAUCUGGAACCUGCAGGUGGGAUGCUGUUAA